AUGGCCGACACACUCGCAACACAGCUUAGCAAUACAAAAUUGGGUGAAGCGAACGCAGACGGAUCCUGGAAGGAGAGCUUGAAAAUUCCAGCCAAAGACACACGAACACAGACUGAGGAUGUCACUGCAACAAAGGGGCUUGAAUUUGAAGACUUCUACAUCAAGAGGGAGCUGAUGAUGGGAAUUUUUGAAGCAGGGUUUGAAAAACCAUCUCCAAUUCAAGAAGAAACAAUACCUGUUGCACUCACGGGAAGAGACAUUCUCGCAAGGGCGAAGAACGGCACAGGCAAAACCGCAGCUUUUGUCAUCCCAACCCUUGAACGUAUAAAUCCGAAAAGCACCAAAACUCAGGCCCUUAUUCUCGUACCUACCAGAGAACUUGCUCUCCAAACCUCCCAGGUUUGCAAGACUCUUGGAAAACAUCUUGGCAUCAAUGUCAUGGUCACUACAGGUGGAACUGGGUUGAUGGAUGACAUUAUCCGUUUGAACGAUGCUGUUCACAUCAUUGUUGGCACGCCAGGCAGAGUCCUUGAUCUGGCUAGUAAGGGCGUUGCAGACUUGUCCGAGUGCCCAACAUUUGUUAUGGACGAAGCUGACAAGCUUCUGUCGCCUGAGUUCACACCGGUCAUCGAACAGCUCCUCUCCUUCCACCCUAAGGACCGUCAGGUUAUGUUGUUUAGCGCUACUUUCCCUAUGAUUGUCAAAUCCUUCAAGGACAAGCAUAUGCGCAAUCCCUACGAAAUCAAUCUAAUGGAUGAACUGACUCUUCGUGGUAUCACUCAGUACUACGCUUUUGUUGAAGAGAAACAGAAAGUCCAUUGCCUAAACACACUUUUCUCGAAACUUCAAAUUAACCAAUCUAUUAUCUUUUGUAACUCGACUAACCGUGUGGAGCUCUUGGCGAAGAAAAUUACGGAACUCGGCUAUUCCUGCUUCUAUUCUCACGCUCGUAUGCUCCAGCAGAAUCGAAACCGCGUUUUCCACGAUUUCCGCAACGGUGUUUGCCGAAACCUCGUUUGUUCCGAUCUUCUGACCCGUGGUAUUGACAUUCAAGCCGUGAACGUUGUCAUCAAUUUCGAUUUCCCCAAGAAUGCUGAGACGUACCUUCAUCGUAUUGGUCGUUCAGGUCGUUUCGGACAUCUCGGUCUGGCAAUCAACCUGAUCAACUGGGAGGAUAGAUUCAACCUCUAUAAGAUUGAACAGGAGCUAGGCACUGAGAUCCAACCUAUCCCUGCCUCUAUCGAUAAGAAGUUGUAUGUUUACGAGUCUCCCGACACUAUCCCGCGCCCUAUAGCCAGCGCACAGCAGCCACAACAACCGGGAGAGACCGAUAGAUACGGAGGCGAGCAGCGUCGGCCUAACCAUCACGCAGCUGCUUAUUUCGGCCCCAACCGUGGUCGAGGAUAUUAUCGAGGCAGAGGCCAGGGCCAACGUCGAGGUGGCAAUCAUCACGAUAAUCACAGGUCGUUGGGUGCCCAUUCUCACGACGGUGGCAAACCUCAACCAACUCCAGCUUCUUAG